GACCCUCAGAGACGGAAGAGAUCAGCCUUCAGGAUGCAGAGCAUGGUAUAUCUGGUAUUUUGUAUGCUCCUGGGUUUGGCCUGGACCUUCCAAAGUGUCAUUCUCACACAGGAGAACUUUGAUUUGGAGCGGUUCAUGGGGAGAUGGUAUGAAGUUGCAGUAGUUUCCACCUGCCCUUACUACAUGCAACGAAAGAAAGGAAGCCCCGUCGUUGCACUGGAGUUGAAACACUUCCCUAAAGAGGACAGUUUCACGGUGACAGCUGCUACCUUCAGAAAUGGCUCAUGUAAGGAGACAUCCACAGUUUACAGUUUAACCAACAUUUCAGGACGAUUCUUCCACCACGUUUCAAGGCUCGGAGCAGAUGUUGAUUCCUUCGUUGUUCAUACCAACUACGAUCAGCACACAAUGAUUCUGCAGCUGAGCACCGAGAAGCCGUCAGGAAAUAAAACAGCCAUAGUCAAGCUGUACAGUCGAACUACGGACAUGACUCAUCCUGUCCUGGACAGUUUUAAAACUCUGGUCAGAAAACAUGGAAUCAAUGAUGACGUUAUCAUCAUUAAUCAACAGGAAGGCGAGUGCGCUCCAGCUGCACCGGUCACAGAGCCAUCCACUCGGCCUCAGAUCCCCGUUCCCUCCUCGAUGACCACACAUCUGUACGAGUCUGAAAAGUGAUCACUCUCUAAAUGCAGGUCUCUUUUGUUGCAUUCAUUCAGACUUUUGCUCCCAAGAGGAAGUAAAGAAAUACACCUGUGAUUCCUGCAGAAAAAGAGUACAGUGAUGUCUGACCAGGUGUCAGCAGGUGGACCUGUACUUAAGUUGUAACAGUUUAUGUGUAUUUAUCAAGUGGACGUUAUGUACUGUGUCUAUGUAUCAAUGUAAUUGUUGUGUAAAGUACAUCCACAUAAAAUAGGUCAAUAUACUUUUUGAUUCUAAAAUUACUGAAAGCCAAAGAAUUGUAGUAAUAUAGAGCUAAUAUACAUCCAACAUUUAUUUAUUUAUUGCUUUUUUUUUUCUUUUUUAUCAACUCAAAAAAACCUUUGAGCUGUCAUUUCAGUUUGCAUGUUCUCCCCGUGCUUGCGUGGGUUCCCUCCGGGUACUCCGGUUUCCUCCCACAGUCCAAAAACAUGCAUGCUAGAUUAAUUGAUGAUUCUAAAUUGCCCGUAGGUUUGAGUGUGAGUAUGUCUGGUUGUCUGUCUCUAUGUGGCCCUGCGAUGGCCUGGCGACCAGGGGUGGAAAGUAACAAAUUACAUUUACUCACGUUACUGUAAUUGAGUACUUUUUAUGAGUAAUUUGUAAUUUUCUAAGUAGUUUUUGAAAUAAGUAAUUUUUACUUUUACUCGAGUACAUUUUGACCCAAGUAUUUAACUUCGCUACAUUUGAACCCCCUAACGUUACUGAGUACAAAAUUUAUGGUGAAAAUCUUGUGGGCAUUUUAUUUUGGUUUAUUGUGAAUAGCAGAAUCCUGCGGGCAUUGGGCACUUUAUUUUGUGUUUGAAUAGUUUGAUUCUGGUUUUAGUGUUGUCGGUUGGACAAUAUGAUGGAAAAUAGUUUGCUCUUUACAGUACAGGUUGUGACUGUCCUUUUUGUCCUGUUCUGCGGAAGUAAAAGGAUCAUGUUACUGAACUCAGCUGAGCUUUUACAAGUGUGGAUGUGUACUUUAAUAUGCCUCGAAGUUAAUUAAAACAACUUGUGCUGGAUUUGAUUUGUGACUCAUCCUUUUUUUGCAUUAAAUAA